ACUUUAAUUUCUAAGGACAACCAAGAAGGAACUCCAAGAUUUGAUAACUCUGUGUGUCAGCUGCCAAAAUAAAAUCUCUAAAUUCAAAUCAAUGGAACUCCUUGGGAGACCCAAUUGAGGUUCCACACCAUAAAAGAGGGCCACUCCUGCCCUUCUGGAUCUGAAGAGGCCCUUAUAAGAUAGUACCAAGGGGCAGACGCUUCUGGAAGGUGCGGCAUGGUGGCGCAGGGGGGAACCACAGGUCCAGUUCAAGCUUGUCCUGGUUGGCGACGGCUGCACCAGCAAGACCAUGUUCGUCAAGUGCCACCUGACUAGGGAGUUCGAGGAGAAGUAUGUCACCACCCUGGGCGUGGAGGUGCACCCUCUCAUGUUCCACACCAACCGGGGGCCCAUCAAGUUCAAUGUGUGGGACACGGCUGGGCAGGAGAAGUUCGGGGGCCUGAGGGACGGCUACUGCAUCCAAGUCCAGCGUGCCAUCAUCAUGUUCUAUGUGACAUCGAGAGUGACCUACAAGCUCAUCCUGGUCGGCAACGGUGGCACCGGCAAGACCACCUUCGUCAAGCACCACUUGACCAGGGAGUCCGAGAAAAAGUAUGUCGCCACCCUGGGCGUGGAGGUGCACCCCUGGUGUUCCACACCAACCGGGGGCCCUGCUGAACUGGCAUAGAGACUUGGUGCGAGUGUGUGAGAACGGCCCUAUUGUGUUGUGUGGCAACAAGGUGGAUAUUAAGGAUAGGAAAGUUAAGGCAAAGUCUAUUGUCUUCCACUGAAAGAAGAAUCUCUAGGACUUUGACAUUUCUGCUAAAAGUAACUACAACCUUGAGAAGCCCUUCUUCUAGCUGGCAAGGAAACUGAUCAGAGACCCUAACCUGGAGUUCGUCACCAUGCCUGCCCUGGUGCCCCCCGGAGGUGGUCAUGGACCAGGUUUUGGCAGCACAGUGUGAACGUGAGUGACUUGGAGCUCACUCAGACGACUGCUUUCCUGGACAAAGAUGAUGUUGGUAUGCUUCUAGUUCUGCUUCUGGGAUCCCUUCUGUUACAUUGCUUGACGCUGUGGUCUAUUUACAUGGUCAUUCUGUUACAUUGGUUUGGUCUCACUCCCUCCUGCCUCUGGGAGAUUUUGGUUUAGUCCUUGCUAGUUUCGAGCUUCUUCCUUCUCCCCGCCCCCUAGCCUACGUACUUCCUUGGUUCCUGACGCUGUGGCAGGAGGAGAGAGAUGGAAGAGCACAUUGUGUGGUGAUUAGGUUGUUGGACUGCUUGCCCACUCGUGAAUAAAGAUUAAACUGCGUUCUCAGCUCAGACACGUGUCCCUGGUCGUCUGUUACCUGCCCGUGAAGCCAGCCCGGAGAAAACAACAAGAUGACAACCUGUGAGGAGAGCAAGCUGAGGCCCAGUGUCAGAAGUCUAGUUUUAUAGGCAAUUGUCCUGUGAUGUCAGUGGUGCAGCGUGUUUGCCACUUCAUUAUAUAGCUAAGCAGAACCUGUGCUUAACCUUUGGGAUGCCGAAGACGGAUGGGCUUCCAGUGAAUGUGGCAGUUAAAUCCUUUGUUUUGGGAUCGCAUACUUAGCUGUUUUGGAAUACAGUUGUUCCCUCCCUGAGUUUCAGAUCUGAGACUGCUCUCUCUAGUCACAUCACAAUAUUCACUGGUGAGGCAAACGCUAGAAGAAGAAUUCAGUGGUGAGAUCUUGUUAUGUAAUUCCCAUUCCUUUUGGUUUAGAAUCAGAAUAAAAUUGUAUUUCAAAUAUCUAAAAAAAAAAAAAAAAAAAAAGAUAGUACAAGGGGGCCAGGCGGUAGCGCAGUGGGUUAAGCGCACACUGCAAAGUGCAAGGACCGUUUAAGGAUCCCGGUUCGAGUCCCAGGUUCUCCACCUGCAAAAAGGGUCGCUUCACGAGCGGUUAAGCAGAUCUGAAGGUGUCUAUCUUUCUAUUCCCCUCUGUCUUCCCGUCUCCCUUGCUCUGUCCUAUCCAACAACAACUACAACAACAAUGAC